ACAUAUCAGUAUAGGCCAGAAUUAUUUAAACAGCAGUAUUUGCGAGCAAGAUUUAUAUAAAUAGCAGCCACUUGUAAAAUAGAGUGGUUUCCCUGAAUCUCCCGCUAUAAAUUUACAAAAAAAAAAAAACUUAAACAAGAUGGCUGCUAAAGUAAACGAGCAUCGUUGCAUCUGAUAAAAACAUCACUAGUUUUUAUUUAUUACUGAAAAGUUUUAAUACAACUGUUUAGAAACAGGCCCUGCUAUGAGGACGAGACAUUUGAACAGGUUGACAUUAUCCCAUCUAAACUUCCCCCCGCUGGCCUGGCUUUGGACACAGAUAUAUUAGUGACCUCAAGGACUGAACCUCUAACAAAGACACAGUUUGAAGCCAUGAUGGACCCAGAUGGACGUCUGAUUAGUGAGCACCAAUUAAGAAAAGCUGUUUUCUUGGGUGGUGUAGCACCUGAUAUACGUAAGGAAGUCUGGUCAUUUCUCUUUGGUUUGUACCCGUGUUCAUCCACAGCCAGGGAAAGAACUGCGAUACUCCUCGACAAUAUUGUUCGCUAUCACGAGAUGAAAGCCAGGUGGAAAACUUUAUUGGUGCUCAACUCUGCCCCUAACUCUACAGCUCUAGACCAGGGUUUGUGUGCCAGGUACCAAGUAGCGGAAGUGGACAGACCACAGCAGGGGGAGGAGUCAUCCUGUCAAUCAACUUAUUCACAUUCUGAGAGAAUCAAUUUCAGUUCCCUAGGUCACCCUGACCUGGAGGUGGAGUACAGCUCAGCAGACAUGGCCCAGAAACUGGACUUUAUGAGGCUCCAGGCACAGGUUCAAGUCAAUCGGCAAAAGAUUGACGUGGUCAAGCUGCGCUCCAAUAUACGUGUGGUGGACAAGGAUGUCCCUCGUACAGAUAGGGACCAGGCAUUUUUUAGUGGGUCAGGAAACCCUCACCUGACAGAACUACGGGAGAUCCUGAUCACUUUUUCUGCCUACCACGACAAGCUGGGCUAUGCUCAGGGCAUGAAUGACAUUCUCUCCAGGUUCCUCUAUGUUCUGAGGUCUGAGGUUGAAGCCUACUGGUGCUUUAAGAACUACAUGGAGACCAUUUGGAAUGAUUUUAUGGAGGAAGGAAUGACCUACAAAAUAGAUCUGGUACGCAUGUUGCUGCAGGAGAUGGACCCUGCGCUGCUGGCACAUCUUGAGACUCUAGACCUGGGGAAUCUUUUCUUUUGUCACAGGUGGCUCCUGCUGGGCUUUAAACGAGAGUUUAAUUACAAUGAUUCCCUGCGAUGUUUUGAGAUCCUGUCCAGCCACCACAUUGAGCUGACCAGCUUAGAGGCUGAGAGGGCCGUCAUGAGGGAGGAGAGGAGGGAAUUUGAAAAUACAGGUGGUGAUGUGAGAACCACUGGACUGACCACACAGAAAGAAUACACCUUUGAAGUGUUCAUGUGUGCCACUGUUCUGACAGAGUGCAGGGAAGAAUUUUUUAACUGCUUGGACUGUGGUCAAGUUUUUACUCUCAUCAAUGAGCUCAAGUUUGAUCUGGAUACACUACUAACCAAAUCUGAACGCUUGUUUUUUGUCUACUGUAAAAAAACUGUGGGUGAAAGCUUCCAACUUGUGGAUUCUAAGUGCAAUGCUGAUAAAAGUUCUGGAUUUUUCUCCUUCUUGUUUAGGUGAUUUUGCAAGAAAGUGAUCCUUGCCAUAAGAUUUGAUCCAUCAGAUAGGGUCCCUUUGCCUGUUGGUAGUGUCCCAUCAUUCCCUUUGUCUGUUGGUAGUGUCCCAUCAUUCCCUUUGUCUGUUGGUAGUGUCCCAUCAUUCCCUUUGUCUGUUGGUAGUGUCCCAUCAUUCCCUUUGUCUGUUGGUAGUGUCCCAUCAUUCCCUUUGUCUGUUGGUAGUGUCCCAUCAUUCCCUUUGUCUGUUGGUAGUGUCCCAUCAUUCCCUUUGUCUGUUGGUAGUGUCCCAUCAUUCCCUUUGUCUGUUGGUAGUGUCCCAUCAUUCCCUUUGUCUGUUGGUAGUGUCCCAUCAUUCCCUUUGUCUGUUGGUAGUGUCCCAUCAUUCCCUUUGUCUGUUGGUAGUGUCCCAUCAUUCCCUUAAAGUGGACAGCUCUAAGUUAUACUGGACCAACUGAUGGACCAACUCAUGUUUUCAUAUUUCUUGUACACAUUUUAUAAUUAUUUGUUCAUUAUUAUUAAAAUAUAUUAUUUUGCUUA